UAAUGAUGAAUUUCAACCAUCAGAAUUCAAUUAAUUGUGAUAUUGAUCGUAAAUCAAUGAUGAUGAUGAUGAUGUAUGAUUCAUCGAAAUGUUCAAAAUAUAUCCAUUUCACACCAAUCGCCAUAUAUUAUUAUUUGAUUAUUUCAUGUAUCAUUCUAAUUCAACAUGUACACACUAUUGAAUCGGAUCGUAUACCAGAUAUGUGUGAACAUGAAAGCGUAUAUUCAGCUGCCCGUAUCCGUUUUGAUGAUCAUUUUGAACGUUAUUUUCUAUCUAAUGGCCAUUAUUAUUGGUUAUAUAAUCUGAAUGAACAACCACCAAAUGAACAAAUGGCAUUGAAAAUUCCCUAUAAUUUUGAGCCAGAUAUAGCCAUUGUAAAGGAUAUAAGUAAAUGUUCACCAAAUGGAUAUCGAUCACUUUUAUUGAUUCAGAUGAAAAUUACGCCGAAUAGACAGGCCGAAUGGUUUCAAUUAGAAAUGAAAAUUAAUCGUUGGAAUAGUACGACACCAAUUUUCUGGAAUGAAAUACAAAAAAUUGCAAAUUGUGAUCUAAAAACAGAAAUCUGUACGGCAACCGAUUCAUAUUUCAUGACAAUGGCAUUUGAUUUUAAACGUAAAUUGGAUGGAGCUUUCGGUGUGAUUGGUGACAUUGCCUAUUUUAUACAAGGUGAUAAAGUUUUCAAGGUUUUAUAUAAAAAUCAAUGCAUCGAUAAUCCAUAUGCACAAGUGAUUGCAUAUCCGGGCGUAUUCAUCGGUACAACGACAACAGCAGCAUUAGUUGAACCGGGCAUUAAUGAUACUAUCGAUGUCAUUCUCUUCGAUCAUGAUGUCCAUUAUCGUAUUGCUGGCCAGGAAAGUUUGGCCGAUAUACAAUUCACCAAGAACAUAGCCGAACCUUCAUAUUGGCGAUCAAAUAAUCCGGAUUAUUUUAAAACAUGUCAACAUCCUAACAUAAUGCUUGGUUUGAAUACAUUUUUUCAGGAUCUUUUUACCGGUUCCAAACGACAUUAUUAUCUUCGACGUAUUAUUCUUUCUAUAUUUUUUAUAAUUUUCAUCGGUAUAUUUCUAUUGGCAAUUCUUUUAUUCAUUCGUAAUAAUCGUAAUCAACAACAAAAACAUCGUGAAGGUAAACAAAUCGUUGAAAAAGAAACUCAACCAAAAGAAUUAGAAGCAUGUCUUGAAACGAAUGUGAAUACAGCGGACACAGGCAAAACGAAUGGUAAUGCUAUGAUGUAAUGAAAAAAAUGGCCUAAUAAUAAUUGUGAUCUCAUUUUUGUUACCCUCAUUAUAAUUUGUAAGAAAAUAAAAUUUAAUUAUCUUGAUGA